AUGGCGUGCGAAUCUUGUGGCUGGGUUACCACGUCGCACCCGCCGACCGUCGAAACAGGUCUCCUACGUACCCCGAGUCAGGAGGCCGAACCGUCUUCCACAGGCCGAUCCAAGAUGCCGUCGAGUUCGAGCACAAACAGGAUCAUGAUUAGCCUCUUCUUCCGGGAGCGGCUGAUACCGACCCGAAACGAGUGCGACGACUUUGCGCGCGCAAUCACGCAGAGCCCGCUGAGCCUUGCGUUGCUCCAAGGCGCCAGCAGCUACACUUCGUCGGGCCGGCUGGACUGCGACCUGCUCCGCCAGGCCAGAGAGACGUACAGCAACCUCUGGGCAUACAAAAUUAUGCGAAUGCAGGGUGUCCCGGUGUACGCUCUGCGGGCGAAUCCGCCAGGAGACGUCGACGACUCGCCUUUUUGCCGGACAGUUCUCGACUUUGCCAGUUGGUCGAUCCCCCGCUCCGGGUCGAUAUAUCAUCACCCAUACAACGCACAAGGUCAAGCUAAUACUGUGCCUCGUUCGACCACCAGAUUCUGCGCCGCCACCUGGAAGAAUCGCCCCGCGAACCAGCCACCGCCCCGGGCGACGCUGCAAAACGAGCAGACGUGGACCUGGCGCGGGACGCGGCCUGGCGGCUAUUCGAAGGGGGACUGGCCGAUGGCGAUUAACAACGGCAACGUUCUCGGACUGCUCCUGCAGCAGGCACCGCACUCGCUCGGGAGCAGCUGGCGGACGCUCGAGGGCGUCUUGCCGGAUCAUCACCCGGUGAUCUCGUUUCUGGCGUCGGCGCUGCUAGGCCAAGGGUAG